UGUUCGAACAACAACGAAACAAAAAAGUGAAACUGCAACAAACUUCACUCAGGUUUUUCUUUCGUUUGACACGGUUAAAAAUGGCUGGCCGCGGUGGAAAUUCUCGUCGUGAACAAGAAACUGAUAAUACAAUUACUCACGUACAAUGUGAUGGAUUGGCUGUAAUGAAAAUGGUGAAGCAUUGCCAGGAGGAGUCCAGCAACAUGGACCUGGCCCAGGGAGCCCUCCUCGGUUUGGUGGUAGACAAGCGUUUGGAGAUCACCAAUUGCUUCCCCUUCCCCAAGAGCAGUGAUGAGCUCAUGGACGAGGAAAUGUAUCAAUUGACCAUGAUGCGUCGUUUGCGUCGCGUCAAUGUUGACCAUUUCCACGUCGGCUGGUAUCAAAGCUCAGAUGUUGGUAACUUUUUGUCGUUGCCUUUAUUGGAAUCGCAAUACCAUUACCAGACCAGCAUCGAGGAGUCUGUUGUUGUUAUCUACGACACUCAGAAGUCAGCUCGUGGGUUCUUGACCCUCAAGGCCUACCGUCUGACUCCACAGGCCAUCGCCAUGUACAAGGAGAACGAUUUCACUCCCGAUGCUCUGCGUCAGCUCAAGGUCGGAUAUGAAACCCUCUUUGUUGAGAUUCCAAUUGUCAUCAAGAAUUCGCCUCUGACCAACAUCAUGAUGAGCGAGUUGAGCGAGAUGGUUCCUGAGGAUCAGGGCCACAACUUCCUCGAUUUGGGAACAGCCUCAGUGUUGGAGAAUCAUAUGCGCUGUUUGAUUGACCGAGUCGAUGAACUUUACCAGGAGUCCAUGAAGUACAAUAAGUACCAACAGAUGGUCUUCAAGCAGGAAACGGAGAAACACCGCGCUUUGUCUAAACAAGCUGCUGAAAAUGCAGUUCGUCUAUCCAAGGGCGAAUAUCCAAUUCCAGAGGAGGAGGUUCUCAAGCAGUUCCGUCCUCUGCCAGUGCCAAUUCGAUUGAAUGCCACAAUCACUUCCGGACAAAUCAAUACCUAUUCCCAACAUAUUUCACAAUUCUGCUCACAGUCUUUGGCUAAAUUAUUUAUUACAAAAUCAUUGCAAGACGCCAAGGAAGCCAAGGACUCUAAGUAGAUACAACGAUCAUUGGAAAAUCGUGUUUUUUUGUAAAAGGAAAAAGAUAAAUAAUUUGUAAUUUAAAAAUUCAGAUAAGGAGCAUUUGAAAGAGAAAAGAGUUAAAAGCAUAUGUAAAAGAAAUAAAAAUAAUCAUUUUACAUCCCUGUCUGUCGAAUUGAA